UAUAUCAAAAAGAGAAGAAAUCACGUAGCAGACACGCGCAAGAGUUUUGUUGAAGAAGAUCUGAAAUUUUCAGAAAUUUUUCUCGGGAAAAUUCUGUGGAUUUGAUCGAUUAGUUUCAAAAACGGAGAGGUGUUUUUGUUUCUGCUGAUCAGCAAAUUACUUCUUUUUUUGCUCGGAUUGAUCCCUUUCGGAUUCUUCGAAAGAUGGACCCUAACCAGAUUCAGGCACCAGUUGAGAAUUAUGCAAACCCAAAGACAUGUCUUUUCCAUGUUCUCUUCAAGGGUGCUGCGUUGGCGUUUUACAUUCUCUCUGCUCUCUUCUUCAACAGCUUUGUCAUAAUCUUUGUAGUCACUGUUCUUCUUGCUGCACUUGACUUCUGGGUUGUUAAGAAUGUGAGUGGGCGUAUACUGGUCGGUCUGAGGUGGUGGAACGAGAUCAAUGAUUUGGGAGAAAGUGUCUGGAAAUUCGAGUCUCUUGACCAGGAGUCCUUGUCUCGGAUGAACAAGAAAGACUCAUGGCUUUUCUGGUGGACACUUUACCUUGCAGCAGCUGCGUGGUUUAUCCUUGGAGUAUUUUCUCUGAUAAGGUUUCAAGCUGACUAUCUGCUCGUUGUUGGCGUUUGCUUGUCCCUCAACGUGGCUAAUAUCAUUGGCUUCACAAAGUGCAAGAAAGAUGCAAAGAAACAGUUUCAGCAAUUUGCCUCGCAGACAAUUGCAUCACGAUUCCAAUCAACUGUACAAUCUGCCUUCACCCUUGUCUAAAUAAAGAGAAGAAAGACGCUUUAAAGGGUUGUGAGAGCUAAGACAGUGUACAAAGAAAGAUUGCCAAAACGACAUCGUUGGUUUUUUGACUGAUUAUUUUCCAAUGUUUUGUUAAGGGUUUAAGUCUAAGAGCUCCCUAUAUUGGCCAUUCUAUGUAUUUUACAUUUAGUAACAUUUUGCAUCUGGCAUGGUCUUAUCAUACGUAUAUUUAGCCCAAAAGAUAACUCAGAAAUUUUCUAUACCUAAAACAGUCAACAUAUGCAUCUUCCUUAUAUGUUGCAAGGCUUCA